GAGCAACAAUAGUAGGGGAGCCAUGGAUGAUGGUGAUGAUGGAUUCAAAAUUUCACUUAGUGAGGGGUGAUCUAUCUACGGAGCCUAGUUGCCAACUCAGUUGCGUUAGCGAGCAAGUCAAGAUAUCUAAAGUUAUGAUUUGGAAUCCGUAUUUGGGGAAGACAAGGUGGUUCUGGGUCAACAACAUAUAUUUUCACCAUGACAUGUACUUCAACUACGCUUUCGGAUACGAGGAUAAGAGAGACAAAUCUUGUCGUACCCACAAGUUCUUGAGGUUUAAAUAUUAUACACCCAAAGACCACUUCGUACGCUCUGAGACAUAUGAUUUUGACUCUGGUUUAUGGACAAGUGUUGAUGUCGCUCCACACUGUGUUAUAGAGCAGCCUGGCAAAAUCGCCAUGGGUUUUGAUGGAGGUCUUCCCAUAAAACUAAACAUCAUUGGAGAUGAUGGAUACUUUAGAGAAUUGGAUGUCCUCGGAGCACCUGGAGACCAAAGGUACUGUAUGCCACCUAUGUGUUCUUCUUAUGUUCCAAGUUUGGUCCAUAUCAAGAAACCUGCACGUGGCCAAAACAGGAAAAAAAAAACAAAGCGACGUAGAAAAGCGUCGACUGCAAAAGCGAGUCAA